AUGAGGGGCUCCACCAGACUGGUCAAAGGAAACCAGGCAGAGGACAUUGCAAAGGUGAAAUCGAUAGCCCUUGGCAACAUCUUGGAAAUGGAGAUUUUCUCCUCCGUUCUUGGAAUGUGCAGUUUAAUGUUGCGUUUCGAAUCACUUUUGGCGGUGAAAGUAUGUAACGGAAUUGGGGCAUCCCAUGAAUACUCUUUCAACAAUGUCACAAAUGCCUUUUGUUUGCAGCCCUGCAUUUUGCACAGAUUGGUGAUAACCAUCUGGGGCUUAGCUCUGGAUGUGUUCCUUGUCCUUUAUGAUUUAAGUUCAGAGCGUGACUUCCCCAUAGGUGUCAGCCCCUCGGGGUGCAGCUGUACAGGUGCUAGUGGGGGAAAGCCUUUGAAAGUCAGCAAGUUGGGGAGAGCCAUCAUCGUUAGGAAUGGAGAAAUCAUCCCCAUGUCUUCAGAAUUCACGCCAGAGACAGAGCGCCAACGGCUCCAAUACUUGGCCUUCAUGCAGCCUCACUUGCUGGGAAACGAGUUCACACAUUUGGAGUUUCCAAGAAGAGUGCAAAGGAAAGAACUUGGAAAAAAGAUGCUCUACAGGGACUUCAAUAUGACAGGCUGGGCAUACAAAACCAUUGAGGAUGAGGACCUGAAGUUUCCACUUAUAUAUGGAGAAGGCAAGAAGGCACGAGUGAUGGCAACUAUUGGUGUGACCAGAGGACUUGGGGACCAUGACCUGAAGGUUCAUGACUCCAACAUCUACAUAAAACCAUUCCUGUCUUCGGCUCCUGAGGUGAGGGUCUAUGAUCUCGCACAGUAUGAGCAUGGGGCAGAUGACGUGCUGAUUUUAGCCACAGAUGGACUCUGGGAUGUUUUAGUGAAUGAAGAAGUGGCUGAAGCAAUCACACAAUUUCUUCCUAACUGUGAUCCUGAUGACCCACACAGGUAUACACUGGCAGCUCAAGACCUGGUCAUGCGAGCUCGGGGUGUGCUGAAGGACAGAGGCUGGCGGAUAUCCAACGACCGGCUAGGCUCGGGAGAUGACAUUUCUGUCUAUGUCAUUCCUUUAAUACACGGGAACAAACUCUCAUGAGACUCCUAAUGGCCCAGGGGACUGGAAGGGUGUUG